AUGUCUGAGCUUCGCUUUGACAAUCAGACCGUCGUUGUGACGGGAGCCGGUGGUGGGCUGGGAAAGGCAUAUGCUCUUUUCUUCGCCUCGAGAGGUGCAAAUGUUGUCGUCAACGACCUGGGUGGAUCUCAUUCCGGCGACGGCAAGUCGUCAAAGGCUGCGGACGUCGUUGUUGAAGAGAUCCGAGCUGCCGGAGGCAAAGCUGUUGCCAACUACGACAGCGUUGAGAACGGUGACGCUAUCAUCGAGACGGCGAUCAAGAACUUUGGUCGCAUCGAUGUCCUCCUCAACAACGCCGGUAUUCUGCGGGAUGUCAGCUUCAAGAACAUGAAAGACCAGGACUGGGAUCUCAUCAACCGGGUACACACGUAUGGUGCUUACAAGUGCGCACGAGCUGCAUGGCCCCACUUCCGGAAACAAAAGUAUGGUCGCGUUAUCAACACUGCCUCUGCAGCCGGCCUCUUCGGCAGUUUCGGACAGGCCAACUACUCCGCCGCCAAACUCGGUCAGGUCGGAUUCACCGAGACCCUCGCCAAGGAGGGUGCUAAGUACAACAUCAUCGCCAAUGUUAUCGCGCCUAUUGCCGCUAGCCGUAUGACGGCCACCGUUAUGCCCCCCGACGUCCUGGAAAACCUCAAGCCCGACUGGGUUGUGCCCCUGGUGGCCGCCUUGGUCCACUCCUCCAACACUACCGAGUCUGGCGGAAUCUACGAGGUCGGUGGUGGCCAUGUGGCCAAGCUGCGCUGGGAACGGGCCAAGGGUGCUCUGCUGAAGACCGAUGCGUCGCUGACCCCCGGCGCUAUUGCCCGCAAGUGGAACGACGUCAACAACUUCUCGCAGCCCGAAUACCCCACUGGUCCUGCCGACUUCAUGUCUUUCUUGGAGGACGGCCUGAAGCUUCCCAGCGCACAGCCGGGACAGGAGCCCGACUUCAAGGGCAAGGUUGCCCUCGUCACUGGCGGUGGUGCCGGUCUCGGUCGCGCAUACUGCUUGCUCUUCGCCAAGCUCGGCGCUUCCGUGGUGGUGAACGACCUUGUCGACCCCGAGCCCGUCGUUAAGGAGAUCAAGCAGCUGGGUGGACAGGCCGUUGGUAACAAGGCCUCGUGCGAGGACGGCGAGGCUGUCGUCAAGUCCGCUAUCGAUGCUUUCGGACGCAUUGAUAUCCUGGUCAACAACGCCGGUAUCCUGCGCGACAAGGCCUUCACCAACAUGAACGACGACCUGUGGAACUCCGUUGUCAAUGUUCACCUGCGUGGUACCUACAAGGUGACCAAGGCUGCCUGGCCCCACAUGCUCAAGCAGAAGUAUGGCCGCAUCGUCAACACUGCUAGCACCAGCGGUAUCUACGGUAACUUUGGACAGGCUAACUACGCUGCGGCGAAACUUGGUAUCCUCGGCUUCUCCCGUACUCUUGCUCUCGAGGGCGCCAAAUACAACAUCAAGGUCAACACGAUCGCUCCUAACGCGGGUACCAACAUGACCCGCACCAUCAUGCCCGAGGAGAUGGUCCAGGCCUUCAAGCCCGACUACGUUGCCCCGCUCGUGGUGCUUCUUUGCUCCGACAUUGUGCCCGAGCCCUCUACCAAGGGUCUGUACGAGUGCGGCAGCGGCUGGUUCACCCGCACUCGCUGGCAGCGUACCGGUGGUCACGGAUUCCCCGUGGACGUCAAGCUGACUCCCGAGGAGGUUGUUAAGCACUGGAAGGAGAUUGCGAACUUCGACGACGGACGUGCCGACCACCCCGAAGACGGCCAGGCCGGUGCCGAGAAGAUCAUGGCGAACAUGAGCAACCGCAAGGGUGGGGCCUCUGAGGGUGGCAAUGACAUUCUGCAGGCGAUCGAGAAGGCCAAGCAGAGCUCCAGCGAGGGAACUCCCUUUGACUAUGUCGACCGGGACAUCAUUCUCUACAACCUCAGCUUGGGUGCUAAGCGCACCGAUCUGCCCUUGGUUUACGAGAACAACGAGCAUUUCCAGGCUCUUCCCACCUACGGUGUGAUCCCCUGGUUCAAUACUGCCACCCCCUGGAACAUGGAGGACAUCGUUGCCAACUUCUCCCCUAUGAUGCUGCUGCACGGCGAGCAGUACAUGGAAGUCCGCAAAUUCCCCAUCCCCACCGCGGCCAACACCCUGACCUACCCCAAGCUCAUUGACGUGGUUGACAAGGGCAACGCCGCCUUGGUUGUUGCGGGAUACACGACCAAGGAUGCGAAGACGGGCGAGGACCUCUUCUACAACGAGUCCACAGUCUUCAUCCGCGGCAGCGGUGGCUUUGGCGGUUCGCCCAAGCCCACCGCGUCUCGCCCCAAGGGAGCCACUGCCGCCUACAAGCCUCCCCAGCGCAAGGCGGACGUGGUUGUCGAGGAGAAGACCUCCGAGGAUCAGGCCGCGCUCUACCGUCUCAACGGUGACCGCAACCCUCUCCACAUCGACCCUGAGUUCAGCAAGGUUGGUGGCUUCAAGACUCCCAUCCUGCACGGACUCUGCUCCCUGGGUGUCGCCGGCAAGCACGUGUUCAGCAAAUUUGGCGCCUUCAAGAACCUGAAGGUUCGCUUUGCGGGCGUUGUCCUGCCGGGCCAGACCCUGAAGACGGAGAUGUGGAAGGAGGGCAACGUGGUCCUGUUCCAGGCCACCGUCGUCGAAACCGGCAAGCCUGCCAUCACCGGUGCUGGUGCCGAGUUGCUGGAGGGAGCCAAGGCCAAAUUGUAA